AAAAGCGGCCCUAGGCGCCCGCGGGUCAGCGAUUUCGGCCCCCCGUCGCCCACCGCUCGGUCCAGCCCGGCCCAGCCAGCAUGUCCGUCCACUUCAGCUCGCAGGCCUUCAGCUCGCGCUCCGCCGCCUUCCCGGGGCGCGGCACCCAGGCGCGCCUGAGCUCGGUGCGCCCCGGCGGCUUCGGCGGCAGCAGCAGCAGCCUCUACUGCCUGGGCGCCUCGCGGCCGCGCGUGGCCGCGCGCACAUCCUACGCGGGCCCCGUGGGCGCCGGCCUCCGCGAGGUCACCGUCAAUCAGAGCCUGCUGACCCCGCUGCAGGUGAACAUCGACCCCUCCAUCCAGCAGGUGCGCCAGGAGGAGCGCGAGCAAAUCAAGACCCUCAACAACAAGUUCGCCUCCUUCAUCGACAAGGUGCGGUUUCUAGAGCAGCAGAACAAGCUGCUGGAGACCAAGUGGGCGCUGCUGCAGGAGCAGAAGUCGACCAAGAGCAGCCGCCUCCCAGGUAUCUUUGAGGCUCAGAUUGCUGGUCUGCGGAGGCAGCUUGAGGCCCUGCAACUAGAUGGAGGCCGCCUGGAGGUGGAGCUUCGGAACAUGCAGGACAUGGUGGAAAACUUCAAGAACAAGUACGAAGAUGAACUAAACGGUCGCACGGCCGCUGAGAAUGAGUUCGUGGUGCUGAAGAAGGAUGUGGAUGUUGCCUACAUGAACAAGGUGGAGUUGGAGGCUAAGGUGGACGCCCUGAAUGACGAGAUCAACUUCCUCAGGACCCUCUAUGAGGAGGAGUUGAAAGAGCUACAGUCCCAGGUCUCAGAUACGUCCGUGGUCCUGUCCAUGGACAACAACCGCUCCCUGGACCUGGACGGCAUCAUUGCUGAGGUCAAGGCCCAGUACGAAGAGAUCACCAACCGCAGCCAGGCUGAGGCCGAGGCCUGGUACCAGACCAAGUUUGAGACCCUCCAGGCCCAGGCAGGGAAGCACGGGGAUGACCUCCGGAAUACCCGGAAUGAGAUUGUGGAGAUGAACCGGGCCAUCCAGAGGCUGCAGGCUGAGAUUGACAGCAUCAAGAACCAGCGCGCCAAGUUGGAGGCCGCCAUCACUGAGGCCGAGGAGCGUGGGGAGCUGGCCGUCAAGGAUGCACGCGCCAAGCAGUUGGAGCUGGAGGCUGCCCUGCAGCAAGCCAAACAGGACAUGGCCCGGCAGCUCCGGGAGUACCAGGAGCUCAUGAACACCAAGCUGGCCCUGGACAUCGAGAUUGCCACCUACCGCAAGCUGCUGGAGGGCGAGGAGAGCAGGUUGACCGGAGACGGAGUGGGAGCCGUGAAUGUCUCUGUGGUCAGCUCCAUGGGCGGCGCUGGCAGCCGGCUGACCUUUGGGGGGACCAUGGGCAGCAAUGCCCUGAAAUUCUCCAGUGGUGGAGGGCCCGCGGCCCUCAAGGCCUACUCCAUCAGGACCACAUCCGCCACCGGUAGAAGCACCCGCAACUGAGCCUGGGGUGUGGGGAGAUCCACAGCCUCUCCUCCCAUAAUCACAAGAGGACCCCCAUGCCUGCUCCCAUCCCUGGUCCAGCUACAAGGCAGUCUGAAAAAUGAUGUCAAAAUAGCUUCCAAUAAAGCAGCCGCUUUCUGAGGCCUGGGUGA